GUAAUCCAGAUGGCUGGUGAGUGACCUUUGUGAGCACCGUCUAUAAUGUGGCCCUUUUCCACAACACUUCCCUGUACACAACACGGAUCAUUUCUGACGCUGUAUAUAUAGAGCCAAAAGGUGUAGGUGUGCUCACCAUACUUAUUCAUUCGGUCAAACUCGUCCACACGGAACUGAGCACUAAUGUUGUUGAAAAUUUUUAGCGCCCCCGUCCCUUUGUACACCUCCGCGGGUUCGUUGGUGAUUUUGGCACCCAACUUGAGUUUUCCAUCGUUACCGCCGCCGGUCAGGUCUUCGACCUUCUUUCCAUCGAGCUGCUCAUCAAACGAGAAAUACAAAAUCAUGUUCGGAUCUAUAGCCGCC